AAACAACCCGCGUCCAUCACUUCAUUGCAAUCACAAACUUGUGCCACCACUCAUCUCAACAGCUCUUAAUUCCAACAUGGGCUCUCCAAGAGCAGUGACCGUCACCCUCACUCGCACAGAAAAAUCACCAGUCACUUCUACCCCCGAGAAGAUCAACUGCGUGUUCAACUACAUCUGGGAAGAUGAACGCGACGUGGGAAGAGCGUAUCUUUCCACCAUCAACGGGUACACCUUUGGUGCUGCCCUCGACGAUGGGUCAGGCACCAAGACCUUUGCAGGGGCUCCCGUCUGGGCAACCAAUCAAUUGAUGGGCGGCAUCAGUUUCGAGGUCACUAAAUUCGUGUUGAAGGUUGGGGCGGCCGACAAGGACACGAAGGCUGCGAUAUGGGUGAAGCAGGACAAUAAGGAAAAGUUGCUGUACAAGACAUCCAACUAUUCCUGA